GAUUUCGUCGUCACACCUUCCACAAUUCAUAAAUCCAUGAAUAAAACCUCAUAAUGGAUAAUGAUCUAAAUCAUGACUUUAUCAUUAACCAUUUAAUCUAGUUUUAUCGACCCCAAGACUAUUCAUCUUAUCAUGAACGAAACCAUCUAGUGCCGUGUCAAGUUCAGCACAUUCCCUUUUAUUCUUGACACUUUGAAUUUGGAAUUCCUUUUUGGACCUCUUAUAAUGAGAUUCGUUACCAACAUCGUUUACAUAAUCUAUGGUUCCUCUGAUUGUUUUUUUAGUAUUGCUAAUUACUGAAUGCAACACAUCCAACUCAUUUUCUUUCGUUUGGACCUGCUCUGUAACUUUUACACCUUGAUCAUCGAUAUAUUUUAUUACAUCCGCAAAAAUAUUCGAAGUGCUAUCUUUAAAUUUCUUUACUCGAUCAUCCACUUCCCAUUUUUUACACUCAAGCUUUGGUCAUCGAUCGGUCUUGAUGAUUUCAAUCAUUACAAACCGUGGUCUUACAUCUUCAUAAACUAUCGGGCAAUUCAUUAGAUCACCUUCAAAUUUAUCAUAAACCCCAAUGACAUGUAAUAUGGAAUCCAAUACCGUUACUACAUUACCCACUAACAUUGGUGGAAGUGUAAAAAAAUUGACACCUUUCAAAA